AUGGGCGACGAAAGCCACCCGAAAACUCUCUACGUCGGUAAUUUAGACGCGAGUGUGACAGAAGAAUUCCUAUGCGCGUUGUUCGGACAAAUAGGCGAAGUAAAAGGUUGUAAAAUAAUACGCGAACCCGGCAACGAUCCAUAUGCGUUCCUCGAAUUUACAAAUCAUACGUCGGCGGCUACGGCCCUGGCCGCCAUGAACAAGCGAGUGUUUCUCGAGAAGGAAAUGAAGGUUAACUGGGCUACAAGUCCUGGUAAUCAACCGAAGACGGAUACGAGCAAUCAUCACCAUAUAUUUGUAGGUGAUUUGUCGCCAGAGAUAGAAACUCAUAUAUUGCGUGAGGCUUUCGCACCAUUUGGUGAAAUUUCUAAUUGUCGAAUAGUACGCGAUCCCCAAACGCUCAAAUCCAAGGGGUAUGCUUUCGUAUCAUUCGUUAAGAAGGCUGAUGCCGAAGCUGCUAUUCAAGCAAUGAACGGCCAAUGGUUAGGAUCUCGCUCUAUCCGUACGAAUUGGUCGACACGUAAGCCUCCCACCAAUAGACCAAAUGAAGGCGCGCCCAGUAGCAAACGAGCAAAACAACCAACAUUUGACGAGGUGUACAAUCAAAGUUCACCAACAAAUACUACUGUGUACUGUGGUGGCUUCACAAGUAAUGUCAUAACUGAAGAUCUAAUGCAGAGUACCUUCUCACAAUUUGGUCAGAUACAAGAUGUUAGAGUAUUUAGGGACAAAGGAUAUGCAUUCAUUAGGUUCACAACUAAGGAGGCUGCAGCACAUGCAAUUGAAGCAACACAUAAUACAGAAAUUAGCGGACACACAGUUAAAUGUUUCUGGGGAAAAGAGAAUGGAGGCGGAGAAAACCAGAGUACAAAUAACCCACCAGCAGCACCACCGGCAAUGGGAGCACAAACGCAGUAUCCUUAUGCCUACCAGCAAGGAAUGGGCUAUUGGUAUGCUCAGGGCUACCCAGCACUACAAGGAUACAUGGCGCCGGGGUACUAUCAGCAAUACGCCACCGCCUAUAGCAACCCGCAGGCAGCAGCAGCUGCGGGCUACCGCAUGAGCAUGCCGGGCGGCGCGGGCGCUGCGGGCGCGUCGUGGGGCGGCGCGCCGCAGCCGCUGAUGUACGCGUCGGCGGCGAUGCCCUCGGCGCAGUACCCCUCGCAGUAG